AUUUUCAUAGCCUUCAGCAGUUGAGCUGUUUCACUGCUCUUUCACUAACCUUGUACUUGGAUGCUUACCUGAACAUAUUCCGUGGGAUUAUUCAGCCUCUCGGGGGAACAUUGGAUCUCUCUUAGUUCUGAAUGCCUUGGGCUUCUUAUAUUUUCUGACCAUUUUGCCUUGUUUGGAAGCUAUAUUAUGAUGUCAUAAGUGACAGUUUGCUGUGUUACCAUCUAUUUUGUUCUGACACAACAAUGCGGAUGACAAUCUUCUGGUGCACAUAGACUACUUCCAGAUUUUUCCAAGUACUUUCCUCAAUUUAAUCCUUGAACUGCUCUUCCAAAAUCUUUCUUCUGUCCCAUCUCAUCCUUAAUACCCUUUCGGUCUUUCUAUGCACUUCCUGUCGUCUGCACCGUGAAUUUGCCCUUCAUCAAAUGCCAUGGAUCUCAUUUCUUGCUCACUUUUCCUGCAAUUGUACUCUAUUUUUCUGCAAAACUAUAGAAUCCUUAGGUUAAGCAUAUUUUUGCUAGCUUCCGACGCUAUCCUGAGGACCUUGCAAGAUCUGAUGUUGCUCUCUUGACUAGGAUGGUUAUACUCUUCAUGAUCCACCAAAAUAACAAAUCAGUAGUUGGAAUCAUUGUUUUAUCCUUCCGAGCACUCUUUUUUCUUUUAUCCUUUUUGAAUCUAACCAUAGUGUACCUAACACAUUGAGCAUAGUUCCAGCCAGUGAUUCUGUCCAAUAUCUUGAAGGAAAGGUAGAAGAAAAUUGGCAAAUACACUUGUAUUUAUGUUUGUAUAUCAUGCUCCUAGCAUGAGUCUUGUAGUUGUCCAGAGUGAUCGAGCCAGUUUUAUUCCACUAAAAUACCCAACGAUCAUGUCCCUUGAACACUAAUGCCAUUUGGGGUCAGUCGAGAUUCCCUUCCGUGUCCCAAAGCUUCCAGGAUUAAAGACUUUCAAGGAAGGAGCGGGUUCUCCAGGGCUUGAGCGCAACGGUCGGGAAAUGACCCAUUUAUAAGAUCCAGAUAUUUGAACGCGGAAGUCCAACGGUCGACGCAUGUUUCGGAGCCUCCGACUCCUGACCGCCCCGUCCUUCCCGCCAUCUCUUCUCCUCCGGACGAACUGCCACUCCCUCCCCUUCAACGACUUUUUAAACUCCUGUUCCUCGGUUUCCGCCCUGCAAUGCCUCCACGCCCGCAUCCUAACCCAAGGCCUCUCUCACCACCUCGCCUUGGCCACCAAGCUCAUUUCCAUUGCGUCCGCUCUCUCCCCGACCAUAGACUAUGCCCGCAAGAUAUUCGACACUGCGCCUCACCGAGACUCCUUCAUGUGGAACACCCUCCUCCGCGGCUACGCCGACUCGGGCCCCUGCGAAGAGGUUCCUGUCCUUUACAAGCAGAUGCAUCGAAUGGGACUCUCUCCAGACCAUUUCACUUUCCCUUUUGUUGUCCGCUCGUGUGCGGUCAUUUCUGCUCUUCGGGAAGGAAAGGAGGUCCAUUGCAACGCGAUCAAAACUGGGUUUGACUCGAAUGCAUUUCUACAGAGUGCAUUAGUCACUAUGUACUCACAGAACGGUGAGAUUUCUGAUUCGGAGUUGGUUUUCAGUGAGAUGACUUCUAGGAACAUAGUCUCUUGGACUGCAAUGAUCGCAGGGUAUGCCCAAAAUUGCCUUCUUGGGAAGGCAGUGCGUGUUUUUCAGCGGAUGCUUGCUUCUGGGACGCAGCCUAAUGAUGUCACUCUUGCCAGCGUCCUCCCUGCCUUGAAAGGGUUGGAAUGUUUGCAUUCAGGGGAAUCGAUUCAUGGGUACAUGAUUAAACGCGGUUUGGAUUCCCAUGUUUCAUUGAUGAAUGCUCUAAUCGCAAUGUAUGGGAAGUGUGGGAGCAUAAAAGUGGCAAGAUUUCUGUUCAACAGAAUGCCGGUCCGGAGUUUAGUCUCAUGGAACACCAUGAUUGCAGCUUAUGAGCAAAGUGGUGAUGGAAUGCAGGCAGUCAAACUCUUCCGUGGAAUGCUGACAGAGAAGGCGACAUUCAACAGUGUAACAUUGGUUAGUGUUAUAUCAGCUUGUUCUAGUUUGGGAGCUCUCGAAACUGGGGAGUGGGUACAUAAGCUCGCAAAAAGCAGAGGACUAGAAAGUGAUGUGAUAGUUGGCAAUGCAUUAUCGAACAUGUAUGCAAAGUGCGGGAAUGUAGAUUCUGCUAGAGAAAUCUUUGAAAAGCUGCCAUGGAGGGGUGUGGUCUCUUGGAGUGCCAUGAUCGGGGCUUGUGCAGCUCAUGGGCAUGCAGAGAUGGCGCUCGAGCUUUUCUCCAAGAUGCAAGCCGAAGGCGUGAGACCAAACGCUUUCACAUUCACUUCGGUUCUUGCGGCUUGCAGCCACUCAGGUCUUGUAGAUGAAGGGAUGGAGCAUUUUGAAAGCAUGGAGAAGGACUAUGCAAUUAAACCUACAGUCGAGCAUUGUGCAUGUAUGGUGGAUCUCCUGGGUCGCGCUGGUAGAUUGGUUGAUGCAUAUGAGUUUAUAAAAAGAAUGCCUGUGGAACCCGAUGCGAGUGUGUGGGGAGCUCUGCUUGGUGCUUGCAGGAUUCAUGGGAACCUUGAGUUGGCAGAGUUUGUGGCAGAGGAUCUUUUCCGGUUGGGCUCUCAUAAUGCGACAUUCUAUGUGCUCAUGUCAAACAUGUAUGCAGAAGCUGGUAGGUGGGAAGAUGCAGCGAGGUUGAGGAACAUGAUGAGGGAGCUGGAGUUGAAGAAGAUUCCUGGAUGCAGUUUGGUGAAUACAGACAAGAGAUCCCAUAACGUACCUUUCAUGAUGGACAAGCUUGCAUGUUCCAUUUGAUUUUCUAUUUUAUUUGGAUACAACAUCUGUGAAUAAACGAGUAUGAAAGUAUCAGGUGAAAUCGUGAAAGGAUGAUGGGAGUCCUCGUGACUGGAGGAGCUCAUGACCCCUUCAAUCUUCAAAACUCUCUGGAUACUUCAGGUAUUCUAAGAAGCUCAGGAUUGGAUGAUCGACUUUGUCAUUCCUCAGUCCUCAUGACCCAGCAGCAUCAAGCGUGGCAGGUUGAAGGUAGAUGUGAGGGUCAUGAAACUUGAGGGAAGUUUUCGUCCAGGUAUUGUCCAGUGGAUAUAUGUGGCCGGUUUGGUUUCUUUUUGAACAACAGGCCAAAGAACAAUAUUUACUAUAAAUAGACUUUGCAGGAGAGCCAAACAACCUGCUAUUCUGCUAAACAAACCAGUUUGUGUUUCUGAUGAUACUGAAUUACUGAUGGACUUACAUAACAAAAAUUUUGCAUGCAAGCAAAUGCUCAGGUUUAAGAUACUAAUUCUGAAUGGCACAGGCCCAACCAACUCAAACACUCACAUACAUGACAAGACAGGAAGCCAAGGAAUUGAGCCAGAUAUAAUGGUGGGAAAGCAAUGGGCCCACCCAAGAUAGCAGACUUCAUAUAUUUUUGUGAGAUGCCUAUCACAUAAGUACUAAAUUCUAAUAUAACUCCUUACGGAGACAUACUAGAUGAACAAGGUCAUCUUUGACUAAAGAAUAUUCUGCAAUUUAACAGAUGCUCCAUAUAUCUGUAAGAACAGAUUAAGUUUAUAAUUCUCAGCCUUCGAC